AUGACAGCCGCUGAACAAGGACAUCUAGUCCAUCCGGAAGGCCGGACGUGGAAGACUCACUUUCCCGAAGGUGAUCUCUGGGUAUUCGGUUAUGGGAGUUUAAUUUGGAAGCCGCCGCCACACUUUGACCAACGUAUCCCAGGCUAUAUCAAUGGCUAUGUACGACGGUUCUGGCAGGCUAGUUCCGACCACCGCGGGACCCGCGACCAACCCGGACGCGUAGUGACCGUCAUUGAAAGAAGCUUUUGGGAGACAUUGAAUGACCCAACCGCCGAGUUAGAAUCUGAAUCAGCGUCUACUGGCAAAGUCUGGGGCGCGGCAUAUCACAUCCCAGCCUCACAUGCCGAAGAAGUUCACGACUAUCUGGACGAACGGGAAAUUAACGGUUACACUGCACAUUACACGCCGUUCCACCCGACCAUCAAUUUUGGGGAUACCAAAGCGGGCGAAAACCAAGAAUCAUCGCCGAUAAUUUGCAUGGUCUACAUUGGCCAGCCGUCUAACUCGCAGUUUUUGCGGGAGGCAUCAUCUCGCGAUCCGCAGGAAGUCGCGCAGGUCAUCAGUUCCAGUCAGGGUGCUAGCGGAAAGAACACUGAAUAUUUGUUCAUGCUCGAGAAGGCGCUUGAGGGAAUCGGACUUGGGACUGCGGAUGUUCAUGUUACUGAUUUGGUGAAGAGGGUUAAGGCUAUUGAGGCUGUGGGUCUUGGAGAGGCCGAGGAGAAGGAGGCCGAGCUGCAUGUUACCAAAUCUCUGGAGGAUGCGGCCGAGGAUCCUGCUCACGUGAAUGGUCGAACAACGAUCGAAUGA